AUGCCCAGAGACAAUAGCUAUCCUCCCCUACUAGAGGCGGUUAUCAUAAUGUACCAUCAUUUGUCUUGCCAGAAGGAGGAGCAGUUGGAUAACAAGCAGUUUGAGGACAGAAGUCUGGAGUUGCAGACCCUACCAUCCCUCUCUACAGACUUCUACCACUGGCUUCAGAUGAAGGUUUGUGUUUGUGUGUGACCUGUACCAUUUGUUAACCUGUUGUGGUUUAAUGCUUUAAAAAGGUACCAUAGAAUAGGAGUGACAUUGUGAAAUUUUUUAUUAUCUGGCCUGUACAGGACUGGGAGCGUCUGAGUGCUGCCUCUCGAGACCUGCAUACCUUCUGGGCUCACCUGGACAUGAAGAGAAGGGAGAUGGAGAGGGAGGAGGUGGGACAGGGGGCAGCCCACGGGAUGGGGCGCAGUGGCAAGGCUAAACCCACCAUACCUGAGAGCAUACAGUGCAUUCUGACAGACCUGCGGGAUCUCAUGACCAAAGUCAACUUUCAGGUACAGACAAUGUGCGCCAUAUACAUGAACGAACGCACACACACAUACACAUUUGAGGUGUUCACACAUUUAGUGAGUGUAGACUUAUUCUCUCUGCACACUAUAUUAGGUGUUAAUAUAGCUACCCAUUAUGACUACUCAGUAGCUCCUGUGAGGAGAAAUGUUAUGCGCUCAGUCUGAUAAACCUCUCUGUGGUCUUUACAGUUGAGAUGUGUGAACAGCUCCAGCGUGAGCCCCAUCUCUCCCCCAGCCCUGACCGGUGCAGUGAGCCCUCCCUCCAGCCACCAGGCCCCAUCAAAGUCCCUGUGGACCAGCCGCCUGGAGGGCUACGUCAUCCUCAGGGACCUGGAGCGCUACCUCACUAAGCUGGCCAGAGACUUCCACCUCCUGAAGACCAAACACAGAGGUCCUCCAGGCGCCCAGCCCAGGGGUAGAUAG